AUGGCUCCCCCGACAGCUCGACACAAGCCCAAUGCGCCUGGGAAGUUCAAGUCGGAUGCGCGAUCAUUAAAAAGAAAACGCGACGUUGUUGACCAUGAAAAACUGCAAAAUUUGGUCGACGAGCUGGAUAUAAAAUCAGAAUUCAAGGAGUUUUGCGACCUGCCUCUUUCGCAGCCGACAGCUUCUGGCCUGGAAGCCUCUCAUUUCAAAACUUUGACCGAUGUUCAAUCGAAGGCUGUACCUCUUGCGCUGAAGGGAAAGGAUAUCCUGGGUGCGGCGAAGACGGGGAGUGGAAAAACUUUAGCAUUCUUGGUCCCAGUACUGGAGAACUUAUAUCGGCAAAAAUGGACAGAAUUCGAUGGACUAGGCGCUCUCAUUAUAUCACCUACGCGAGAACUGGCAAUACAAAUAUUUGAGGUUCUACGAAAGAUUGGGCGACAUCAUACGUUCUCGGCAGGGCUUAUCAUCGGCGGACGAAGUUUGCAGGAGGAACAAGAGCGGUUGGGAAGGAUGAAUAUUCUGGUGUGCACGCCCGGAAGGAUGCUUCAACACAUGGAUCAGACUGCAGCUUUUGAAGUCGAUAACCUGCAGAUGUUGGUGCUAGACGAGGCAGACCGGAUCAUGGAUAUGGGAUUUCAGACGGCGAUCGAUGCUAUUGUAGAACACCUACCGAAGAAACGUCAAACUCUACUUUUUAGUGCAACACAGACUAAGAGGGUGUCAGAUCUGGCGCGGUUGAGUCUGAAAGACCCAGAAUAUGUUUCGGUUCAUGAGAGUGCAGCUAGUGCUACACCUAUGUCGUUACAACAGUUCUACGUCCUCUGCCCGCUAGCUGAUAAGCUGGACACCCUUUUCAGUUUCAUCAGAUCAAAUAUCAAGGCUAAAAUUAUUGUAUUUUUGUCUUCCGGGAAACAAGUACGAUUCGUAUAUGAAAGCUUCCGACACUUGCAACCGGGUAUACCUCUCAUGCAUCUUCACGGCCGGCAAAAGCAGACCACAAGAUUGGAAAUAACGUCAAAGUUUUCGGCAUCUAAAAACUCUUGUAUUUUUGCGACGGACGUUGUAGCCAGAGGUUUAGAUUUCCCAGCGGUGGACUGGGUCAUUCAGCUAGACUGCCCCGAGGACGCAGAUACAUAUAUUCACCGUGUCGGUCGGACUGCGAGAUAUGAGAGGGCUGGGAAAGCGGUGCUGUUUCUUGACCCGAGUGAGGAAGAGGGGAUGUUGAAAAGGCUAGAGCAAAAGAAAGUUCCAAUCCAGAGAACGAAACCCCGAGAAAAGAAACAGCAGAGUAUCAAGAACCAGCUGCAGAACAUGUGCUUCCAGGAUCCGGAACUCAAAUAUCUAGGACAGAAAGCGUUCGUCAGUUAUGCACGUUCCAUCUUCGUUCAGAAGGACAAGGAGAUAUACCACAUCAACAAGUACGAUCUGGAAGGUUAUGCCGCUAGCAUGGGACUUCCAGGAGCUCCAAAGAUCAAAUUUCGAAAAGGAGAAGAUGCCAAAAAGGCAAAGAACAUUCCACGAGCACUGUUGUCAAGUGAAGAGGAAAGUGACGAUGAGCCCAAAGAGCCGAAGAAACCAGAAGUCCGGACGAAAUAUGAUCGCAUGUUUGAGCGACGUAAUCAAGACGUUUUGUCGGGCCACUACUCGAAACUUAUUGCUGAGGACGGUCAUGAUGAGAUAGAUGACGCCCGGAAGGAUGCUGACGAUGAUAACGAUUUCCUUUCUGUGAAGAGAGUUGUAUCUGUGGACGAGUCAAGCGACGACGAUGAAGCUUCUGACGAAGGCGAUGCGAUACCAGGGGCGAAAAUCAUCCCAGGAGUUGGUAGAGAGGCGAUUGUGAUUGACUCUAAGCGAAAAGAAAAGCUUAUGACAUCGAAGAAGAAACUCCUCAAACUAAAAGAGAAGGGGACGAAACUGGUUUUCGAUGAUGAGGGCAAACCUCACGAGAUGUACGAAUUAGAGGAUGAGAGAGACUUCGUUCGAAGAGGUCCUGCUGAUGCACAGAGAGCAAAAUUCGUGGAGCUGGCGACUGAGAAAGUUCGCGAAGCUGAUCUUGAUGACAAAGAGCUUGCAAAACAGAAAAAGAGGGAAAGACGCGAGAAGAAGAAAGCCAAAUAUGCUGAAGAGAAUGCUGGGUCAGAAGAUGAAGCUCCAGCAUUGGUUGAAGAUGGGGAUCAUCAAGACCCGCUAGAAUUACUCGCUUCAUUACCACUCGCGGACGAGGAAGAUAGUAAGCCUGCCAAACGACCGAAGAAGUGGUUUGAGGAUGAUUCAGAGGAUGAAAAGCGAAAGCCCAAGAAGAAUAAGAGAGUAAUAGAAACAGCGGAUGAGCCCGAAACUCUGGAAGACCUGGAGGCUCUCGCAGCGGGGCUUCUCAAAUAA